AUGAUUAGGAAUUGUCUAGUUCUCUCUAUCUCUCCGUGUGUGCUACAGUGGAUCGUUAUUAUUGCUACUGAUUAUAAUGGUGUUUUCGUCCCACGCCAACCCUUCUCCACCCCGCUCCACCGUUUAGAUCCGGUGCUCAUCCAAGCAGUUUCAACUAAACAUAUUUGCGCGUCGCAGGUGCGAAUCUACCUUGCGAACAAAAAAAAAAUGUACCGGAACUCGGUGCUAUCGCUAGUGACGUUGAUUGUGCUGCUGGUGCUUGGUGGCGACAAUUUAUCGGGUGUUUCCGGCGCUGACAGCUCCUACUCGCUGGUUGACGAUGAGGAAGUGGCGAACGCGACGGUUGGAAUCGUUGAAAACGUGGCAAUGGCGAAGGCUGCCAUGGAGCGCUUCAAGUCGGACAUGCCGACGCAGGAUUACCUGCAGCUAGCGACGGUGGGACUCCAGGAUUACGUCAGUAAUCUGACCAGCCGAAUGGAGGCCACCUUUAAGGACUUCACCACUAGAGAGCUGGAGCCGGUGCAGCGGUCGCUAAUCGAAGCCAUUCGAUAUCUGAACGGAUAUGAUUCCGUCAACAGUAUUUCGAUGCUCCAGAAUCUCGACUACAGUAUGUACAACCACAACCUGAUGCGCUCGAUCAACAGCGAUCUUCGGAUAGCCUCCAUCAGUCUCUCGGAAGCCCUGUUCGCCCAGCGCGAUGUAGGCCAGCCGAUCGAUGAUGUGUUUGCCGCCACCGAUAAGCUGCAGGAAAACGUCCUUCGCCUCGCCGAUGUCAUCGAGAAGGGUGAAGCGUGGACGGUGGAAACGACCGCACGAGCACAAGCGGCCCAGCAAGGGUUCAACGAAUCCAUUGACGUGUAUCUAAACACGUCGCUUGGCCAAAUUGAGGACAUCGUUACGGCGUUGGAUGAUUUGCGUGGGUUCGAGGAGGAGAUGUACCGCAAGUUGAAGGAAAAAAUCGCCACCCUACCAAAACCCACCACGAGUUACUUCAUCGCGCUCAAGAAGGCGUUGGAGAACACGAUCCAAAAGAUACGGAUAAACUUUGAGAACUUUAAGAUCUACAAGCACCGCGACAUUGAGCAGUGGAAACAGCGUGGCUCCAUCGUAGCCCCGAUCGGGUACAUGACGCAGGUGGCCGUGCAAGUAGCCUCCGAUCCGAUGCUGACGAACGACUGCACCGAGUCGUACAUCGAGAAGAUACUGGCCUUCCCGAACUUUACGCUGGCCCACGUGAACAGGUGUCUGGCGGAGCAAAACGCGAACGAGGAACGUACCUUUGCGCUAAUCUCGCAAGUUCUAGAUACGUACCUGAUCGGUGCGAUCAACGCUUCUUAUAGUGCUUUUGACAUUUGCUUCCGGUAUGCUCCGAAGAAGCUCUCCUACUGUUUGGAGUUGAACGGUUACGAGAAUAACUGGGCUAAUGGGCGCAUCUACAGUGCAGCCAAGCUGGUCGAGUCGCUUGUGGAUGGCGAGAUACAGAACACCUUCAACACUUGUGUGGCACAGAAUGGGUACUUCUUGAACUACCACAACAUCCAGGAGAUGUGCAUCUAUAGCAAGAAGCGGACGCGCUAUCGCAAUCGUUGGUCGAAAUAGGCACAUAAAUCUUGGUAUCGGGAAUAAAACGUUAU